UAUCGGGGCUCGGGGUCGGGCCCAGGGGGAGCCGCCACCAUUGCGUCCAACGAGUGGAGCGCCAACGGAAGCCCAGAAGAUGGGCUGGACGUGGACAACGAGGACAAGACCCUGGAUGGCGACGCCGAGGGGGUGUGGAGCCCGGAUAUCGAGCAGAGCUUCCAGGAGGCCCUCGCCAUCUACCCUCCCUGUGGCAGGAGGAAAAUCAUCCUGUCAGACGAGGGGAAGAUGUAUGGUCGGAAUGAAUUGAUAGCAAGGUACAUAAAGCUGAGGACAGGAAAAACCCGCACAAGAAAACAGGUGUCUAGUCACAUACAGGUGUUAGCACGGAAGAAAGUGCGUGAAUACCAGGCGGGUAUAAAGGCGAUGAAUUUGGAUCAGGCGUCUAAAGACAAAGCCUUGCAGAACAUGGCAGCACUGUCGUCUGCACAGAUCGUCUCCCCGACUAUGAUCAAGAAUCACCUUCCACCACUGCCCCCUGCCUCCUACCAACCACCCAGAUUCUGGCCUGCUAUCCAAACCCAGCCUGGACCCUCUCAGGAGAUGGUUCUAGAUCUCAACCCGGGAAGGACUCCUGGGUUUGGCCGCACCAGCCAUGCUAUCAAACCUUUUGCACAGCCCCCAUACCCAAGCCUUUCAGGUCACGUGCCAACAUCCAUACCGAGUUAUGAGCCCUUGGCACCUCCUCCUCCACCGUCUGCGACCGCAGUGCCCGUGUGGCAGGACCGGACCAUCGCCUCCUCCAAGCUGCGGAUGCUGGAGUACUCCGCCUUCAUGGAGGUCCAGAGAGACCCAGACAACUACAGCAAACACCUGUUUGUCCACAUUGGACAGACCAACCCCUCCUACAGCGACCCACUUCUCGAGGCCGUCGACAUCCGGCAGAUCUACGACAAGUUCCCUGAGAAGAAGGGCGGGCUCAAAGAGCUGUAUGAGAAAGGCCCUCAGAACGCGUUCUUCCUAGUUAAAUUCUGGGCGGAUCUAAACAGCAGCGGCAUGCAGGAUGGCCCUGGUUCUUUCUAUGGCGUCAGCAGCCAGUACAGCAGCCUUGAAAACAUGACCAUCACUGUUUCAACCAAAGUCUGCUCGUUUGGCAAGCAGGUGGUAGAGAAAGUAGAGACAGAGUACGCUCGAAUGGAGGGAGGAAGGUGUGUUUACAGGAUCCACCGCUCUCCGAUGUGCGAGUACAUGAUCAACUUUAUCCACAAACUCAAACACUUGCCGGAAAAAUACAUGAUGAACAGUGUUCUUGAAAACUUCACUAUCCUACAGGUGGUGACAAACCGUGACACCCAGGAGACGCUGCUCUGUAUAGCGUUUGUUUUUGAGGUUUCUACGAGUGAACAUGGAGCUCAAUAUCACGUCUACAGACUUGUUAAAGACUAACAGAUCUUCAGGAAGGUUUUUUUUUUCUUUGGAAAAGCCAGACAGAAGCGUUACACAAUCUCUCUUCGAACCAGCUCAACCAUCCAGGAAAGACAACAACAAAAAAAAAAACAUUCAAACAAUCCUAGACCGGACUAACAUGGACACAUUAAAUGCUUUAAAGAAAAAGUUGUUCACAGCAGAUUAAGGAGUGAAUCUCAUCUUGCCAGCACGCAAAGAAAUUUUUGAAGAAUUAUGGAUUUUUCUAACAAAGAGCUAUUUCCAUGUGUUUAAACAUGCUUUCUAUGAAGUGGGUCACUUUUGCCAAGGUAAUCGAUGGCGUUUGAUAUGUUUGAUUGAGGGAAAGAGAAUGUGAUAGUGUUGAAAGGACUCUUAAAGUAACUAAGCGAACUUUGAGCAUUAAGAGAAGUGUGUAAAAGAUUGCAAGAGUAGCGAGAGCAGGACCAUGGAAGAGAAAAAAAACAAGAGCCAAGUAGUGUUGUUUUUGUAGAUUUGUUAGGAAAGAAAGUGCCUUUUCUCCAAAGAUGAUAUCAUUGCCUGCCACUUUGGAUUGCCUUUUUUUUUUUUUUUUUUUUUUUUUUUUUACUACCUCUUGUUUUUAAGAAACAGAAAAUAUUCAGACAGAUGUUUCUGUCAUAAAAAAUUGGAAAGACACCUCUCAGUUCUGCAUAGAGGCAGUUUUUGUAUUCUGGCACACAAAGGAAUGGGAUGGGAUUGUUCACUUUCAUUUUUUUUUAUAAACCAUUUGUCCCACAUUUUACAGUCCAAGUGUACAGGGAGAAGGUUUAUUGUGUGACAGUACUUUCUAGGUUCUGCCUUUUUAUGUUUUAUUACACAGUUUUCAAAAAUCAGGUCUUACAAGCAUCUUUCUGUAGAUCACUUCUGACACUAGGGAUGCCUUGUACAACUGCUACUCUGACAGAAAGCCAGGGCUUUGCCAUCCUUAUGAGAUCCCCUGUUAUUUCUCUCUGUUUGAAGACGUGUGCUUGGUUGCACUUAAAAGAUCCAGAAGUGUUGGGAGGGGAGGGGGGAGGGGGAGGGGGAGGGGGGUGAAGCAACAGCAGUGCUUAUUUCUGCCUUGAGUUAUGUAGCCUAAUUGAAAAAUGAAUAGUUUCUGUACUGUGAGUAAGUGGAUGUUAAAGGAAUAUGUGUUACAUAGGAGUAUGUUUCUUUUUUUGUCGGGGGGCGCGGCCUUUAUAUGUCCAUACUUGUGAUCAAUAACUCAGCACAGAGACCAUGGCUUAAAGUGGAGAGAAGUUCAUCACUGUUUCUUUUGUUUAAAAAAGAGAUUGUAUGCUGUGAAGUCGGUUGAUUUGCUUCACCCUUCUCCGUGUAACGUGUGGAGAAGCUGCAUAAGUUCAGUUUUUAUAUUUAAGACGAUUUUUUACUGACAUUACGCACGAAAUCGAAUUGAUUCAUUGUCGUGAAUGAGAGCUAUUGUCUCUGUGCUGUGGAGUAUGACCAUUGAUUGUUAUUUAUAGGGUUGGAAAAGAAAUAGGGGAAGGGCAGGGUGGGGUUACUGGAGACGUAUUGAUCUUUUUCCAUUGUGAUGGAGAUAUCAAAAGUAUUGCAGGACUCAUGUUAGAGACAGAACUGUCCUGUCAUGGAUCCUGCUAAACAAGUGUCUACUCUGUGUGGCUCACUGGACAAUUGUGCUACAAAAAUACACCUUUUUUUUGACGGUGUAAUAACUACAUCUGGCUUUGAAUGUCAUAUUUCACAGGCUAGACACAAUAACACUCCUCCUCCUCUUGCAGGUUUAAUCUUUUAUACAGACUUGUUUUUGCCAAUAUCAAGAUUAAUGUUUUUGUUUUGAUUCUGUUGUAUUUUUGACUUUCAGUGUUUGCCAUAUGCUUCACUGAAAAUAAUGUGUGAUUGUGCUGAUAUUGAUAAUUAAUAAUGAGAUAUCUAAUGUAUCAUAUUCUGAAUGGUGUGGGCAGUUCUUUUUGUUGUUGUUGUUGUUUUGGUUUAAGGUGGUUUACUGUUGUCUUUGUUACCAUUGUGCAUUGCAAUUUUAUACUUCCAAGUAGAGGUUGGAUAAUGUAAUCAAACAAAUGUAUCUAACAAUAAAAGACGCAUGGUGCCUUUGGGGCCAUUUCCCCCCCUGAAAAAAAAACCUAUUAAACAUGUUUGUAAAUUUGU